AUCAGAGCUAGAUAUCAAGGGAAACUUACAUUUUUCUGUUUUCAUUGUUUUAUUUUCCAAUAGUGUGUCUGAAUAGACAAAUACACUAUGAAUUUGGUGAAACUCAUUUUAAUCCUCCAAACGCUUCAAUCUUGUCAAGCAUAUAAAGAUGACUCCUCUCAAACUGGAAAAAAUGCAUCACAAUCGGAGCUUGAUAAGAAUCAAACUGAGCCCUAUAUAACUCAACAAUCCAAUGCAUGCUCCUGGAGUCCCAGGAUCCUUAGAGAUGAGAUAUGGACUUCAGUCACAUUCACUGCAGAGUCCAGAGACCAAGUAGCCCAUCAGAUCUGUAUGGAACUUGGCUGUGGUGGAGUCUACAGUCUUACUGAGACCAGCGCACCACCCAACAGUACCUGCCUCACAAACUGCACCUACCAUGAAUAUCGUCUUCAGAACUGCUCCCAAGUUGUGAGGAUUAAUUGCACAAUGGUGUCCGAUGUCGUUUGUGAGCAUCAGGCUGUGAGGCUGGCUGGAGGCGAGCACCGCUGUGCUGGACGUGUGGAGCUGUGGAGAGAGGCGCAGCAGUGGGGCACGGUGUGUGAUGAUGAGUGGGACUUGGGGGACGCUGAUGUGGUAUGUGCCCAGCUUGGCUGUGGGUAUGCUUUGAGUGUGACAGGGCAGGGUGGUGCCUUCCCUCAGGGCAAGGAUCCCAUCUACCUGGAUGAGCUGAAAUGUACUGGCAAAGAGGGCAACCUGUGGCAGUGCCCAGCGUCAAGUGAAAGCCAUGACUGUGGGCACAAGGAGGACGCUGGGGUGGUUUGCUCAGAGCUGAAGGCAGUGAGGCUGACCGGAGGUGUGGACCGCUGUUCUGGUAAAGUGGAGAUCCACCGUAAUGGAUCAUGGGGGACAGUGUGUGAUACCUGCUGGUGGAAGGAGGAAGCCUCAAUGGUGUGUUCCAUGUUGGGCUGUGGGGAGCCAGUUCAUUUUGCAGCUUUCAAACCCCCUUUCACUCACAACGAUGGUACCCUGUGGUACUACCAAUGCUUUUCAAAUCACCAAGACCUUUGGCAGUGUAAGGAUUUUGCCAACAAGACACAAUUUUGCACUGACUCUAAAGCGGCUGGACUUAUUUGUAGUGGAUCACAUGGACGAUAUCUUCCAGUUACAACAGAAGCAGCUACAACAGUACUAAGCAGGACGCCAGGCCCAGUGACUACAGCCAGUGUAUCAAAUCAUGGCUUCCCAUUCUCCAUGUCCUUAGAGCUGCUGGGGUGCAUCUCCCUGUCCUUCCUUUUGCUCAUGGCUCUGGUCACAAACUCUCUGCUUUGCUGCCACUACAGGAGGAGAGAUGCUCUCUUAGUCCAGCAGCGACAUGCUAACCUGCAGACGCCAACUGAGCUUCAUGACAACGACUACCGGGACUCUGUGAAUCUCAUCAAGGUCACAACCAGCAGCCCAACAGAAAAUGAUGUCCCAUCAAAUCCCAGAUAUCAGUGGACCCAGAGUAGUGUGGACAGCACCUCAGUGGAUACAGACUAUGAGCAGUGUGAUCUAAGCACCGAGGCAGCUGUGCAUAUGACCACCUUUCAGAAUUCUAUACGAUAUAAACAAGAUACCAGGAACCCUUUUAUGAGGGCUACAGCUCUGGACAGUCUAUCUGAGGAAGUGGACUCCUUUGAUUCUUCCAGCACCUCUUCCGAGGAAUGCUAUGAAAACACAGGCAAAGAUGUAGAGAAUAUAGUGACAUCAGGUAUGUCCAUGGGUACAGCCCUGAGUUUUUCCUGA